UGACAUUAGAAUCAAAAGUUUAGAUCCCAAAUUUCACAACAUCCAAACAAAGAGGAAUUUCAUCAAAAAAAUCAAUCUUCGAAUAUCUGUAGCAAAAUUUCAUUUCUAUACCCGAUAUUGAAACUUAUUUAUACCUUAGACCUAGAUAAUUAAGUAACUUAUUAUAAAGAUAUACAAAUACUCAAAUGGCUGCCAACAACACAGACAACAACGUUCAUAACAACAGUAACCCCCCAUCCACAUCAUGUUGGGGAACCAUUACAAAGCCCAAGGAAGACAAUUUUGCAUCCAUCGUGAAGAAUCAAGAGAAGGAGAAGCAGCUGAAGCAUGCCACUGAAAGAGAAAAACGGAAACAGCAAGAGGCUAAAGAUUUAGAAGAGGCUUUGGUUAAAAGCCUUGAGUUGGCAAGUCUCAAGGACGAUGAAGAUGACGAUUGGGAUUUGCUAAAUGACGAAGAUGACUUUAAUUUUACCUUGCCACCUGAGGUUUUGGAAUUUCUCAAGACCGAAGAGGAGGAGUUGAAGGCUGCCGAGACAGCAGCCGCCGAGGAAUGCGAAUCGGAUGCGGUCAUAGCACAAAUGUUGCAAGCUCAAUUCAAUAAGGAAUACAACCAAGAGUUGAAACGCAUAGAAAAGGCCCAAAACAAACAAUCCAAGAUAACAGUGUGCUUGGACAAGUACAUGAAACCCUAUAUAAAGGAUGUUGGAGAGGAAUUGGAAAACGAAUAUGAGGAGGAAGAUGACGUAGAUCGCGAAAAACGAGACUGGGAUCGUUUUGAUACCAAUGCACGUUUGCUUGAGCAAAUACCCAAGUGUGGUUAUGCCAUUGAUAGGGAUGGCGAAAUGAUUACAAAACACGAUGAGAAGCUGUGUGGCGUGAGAAAUGCAUGCCGCAUGAUGUCUUUGCCAUUGGAGUUUGCUACCGGCGAUGGUGCUGGAUUUGACAUGAAACUAUCAAAUAGAGUCUUUAACGAUCUCAAAACCUACUCGCGCAAGGGUCAUAAGAAUAGGAUGCAGGAUCGCAAAGAUAAUGUUGCCACCGCUGAAAUGGGCGUUGAUGUCCGCACCCGUUUAAUUCUCUAUAAAUUGGUGAACAAUAAAAUUCUCGAACAAAUCAAUGGCAUCAUAUCCACGGGUAAAGAAGCUGUUAUUCUACAUGCCGACUCAUCGUUAAUUGGACCAGAUCCCGAAAACCCAUUAAUAAUGCCCAAAGAAUGUGCGGUUAAAAUAUUCAAAACAACUCUUAAUGACUUUAAGCAAAGGGAUAGAUAUAUCAAGGAUGAUUACCGCUUCAAGGGUCGCUUCAAUGUUCGUUUCGGUAAACAAAAUAAUUUCGUCAUUAUCAACAUGUGGGCCGAAAAGGAAAUGCACAAUUUAACACGUAUGAUGAGUGUGGGCAUAAACUGUCCCGAAGUUGUCAUGUUAAAGAAACAUGUGCUUGUAAUGUCGUUUAUUGGUGAGGAUAACAAAGCCGCACCAAAGCUUAAAGAUGCUAUUUUAACUUCUGCCGAAUGGAUAGUGGCUUAUGAUGAGGUUGUUACCGCUAUGCACAAGUUAUACAAUGAGGCAAAACUGGUACACGCCGACUUGAGUGAAUACAACAUACUUUGGCAUAGGGGUAAAUGUUGGUUUAUUGAUGUGGCCCAAUCGGUUGAACCUCAACAUCCUUCAGCAAUGGAGUAUUUAAUGAGAGAUUGCAAUAAUAUUGUUACGUUCUUCAACAAGAAGGGUGUACCAAAUUGUCACACCAAGGAAGAAUUGUUCGAGCAUAUUACCUCUCUCAAUGCGGAAACUGUAAAUGUGGCUAUGCUUGAACGCAUCCAUACUAAAGGAGCCAAUAUACAAUUGGCCACUGCUCCUAAUCAAGACGAGUGCCCGCUUCAUGCAAAACCUCUGGAAUAUCCAUUUGAUUUGGCCUGGGAGAAGACGACAUCUGCCAUAAUGGAGUGCAAAGUACAAGCAUCAUUGGCUGAGCCAAAAGAUGAGAAGGCUUCUGUGACACAACCCAUAGUGGUUAACGCUAUGACUGACACUGCCACCAUUUAAGAACAGGCGUUAAGCAUAAAUAGUUUGUAAUUUAUACGGCAUCUUCCUUUAAAAGGAUUAUUCGUUUUGUUUUUAUUCUUCCUUAUAUUUUUGGUUUAAUGUCGGACAUAGAAAAAAGAAAUAAAGAAAAUAAUUGAAAAUGUUUAA